AUGGUGGUCUAUGCGAGGCAGCAGUUCGGUCAGCUAAAAACAUCUGCUGAGGGUCAUGUUAGUCAGACGAUGCGUUACACCGAAUUGUCGACUCUCCUUACUCGCAUCGAGGCGUAUCUAAAUUCGAAACAACUGAUAGCUCUCUACGAUGAUUCAGAAGGUAACAUCGGGGACGUUCUGAUCGGACGACCACUCAAUUAUCCAUUGCCUGAAGCUCCAGAAAAUCGUCUUCGAUAUUGGCAACGCCUCCAGAAAAUGUUGGAGCAUUUUUGGCGCCACUGGCUAUCCGAAUAUCUAAAUACUCUUAAGACACGGAACAAAUGGACUAGAUCGGAACCCAAUGUUCAGCCUGGAGAUGUAGUUAUUAUACGUGGUGAAAAUUUGCCACCAUCGGUUUGGCGUGUAGGACAGGUGAUUGACGUUCACCCGGAUAGUGAUGGCCUGGUACGUACCGUGACCAUACAGUACAAUACCAACCAGACAUCAUCAAAUGGACUUCCUAUUAAGCAGCGGUGUCAGCGACCGGUGCAGAAGUUAUGCCGCCUAACAGGUCCUACAGAAGAAUUACUGAACCGCGAGGGUUCAAGAUUUAAGGUCUGUAAAAUGCAGUCCUGCCCAUAA